AUGUGUUUGGGGUGCUGUAAAAAUGUGAAGCAGGGCUUUAAGGACUUUCUUAAUAAACGAGGCGGGAAUGUAGUUGACUUGGGUGUUGGUAUUAUUAUUGGUGGGGCUUUCUCAUCCUUGGUUAACUCUUUUGUGGUUGAUAUUUUGACUCCACCUCUUGGUUUGUUAUUUCGAGGUUCAAAUCUCGUAAACUGGUUUAUUAUUCUUCGGCCUGGUGAACAUCCCGAUCAAAAGUAUAAUACGCCAGAAGAAGCACAAGCUGAUGGUGCGGUCACUGAAAAUGUGGGUCGGUUUCUUAACAAUCUGAUUCAAUUCUUUACUCUUACGUUUGCCUUAUUCUGGAUUAUGUAUGGAGCUAAUGCAAUUCAAAAAGAAGCAGAGAGGAUACGUAAGCUUACGGAGGGUUCCAAAGAUAGUGAAUCUAGCGAGUUGCCUUGUCCAUGGUGUAAAGGCUCGGUUCCCAAAGACGCAUAUAAAUCGUCUAAUUUGCAAACACCUACAGAAACUUUGAUUGAUUCUCUAGCUCCUGUACAAAUUUUUCAAGAGGAAGCAACAGAGGAACGUGCUGAAAAUGCGCGUCUUUCCUCUUUCAUUGGAGCGAUAGCUAUCGGUGAUCUGGUAAAAAGUACCUUAGGUCCAAAGGGAAUGGACAAAAUCCUUCAAUCUUUAACGAAUGGUGAAAUAACGGUCACAAAUGACGGAGCAACGAUUCUUAAAUCAAUUGCACUUGACAAUGCUGCUGCAAAAGUUCUUGUCAAUAUAUCUAAAGUUCAAGAUGACGAAGUUGGCGAUGGAACCACGUCGGUUUGUGUGCUUGCCGCGGAAUUACUGCGUGAAGCUGAGAAAUUAGUGAGUCAAAAGAUCCAUCCACAAACUAUUAUUGAAGGAUAUCGCAUCGCUAGUAAUGCCGCGUAUAAAGCUUUGGAAACUUCAAUCGUUGAUAAUGGACAAAAUCCAGAAGAAUUUCGAAAAGAUUUAUUUAAUAUUGCUCGCACAACUUUAAGUUCAAAAGUAUUGUCUCAAGAUAAAGUUUAUUUCUCAAAUCUUGCGGUCGAUGCUGUUCUAAGGCUCAAGGGAAGCACUAAUUUAGAGCAUAUACAAAUUAUUAAAAGACCUGGUGGUAGAUUAAUAGACUCAUAUCUUGAUGAAGGCUUCAUCUUGGACAAAAAAAUCGGAGUGAAUCAACCAAAAAGAAUUGAAAAUGCCAGGAUAUUGAUUGCCAACACACCAAUGGACACAGAUAAAAUUAAAAUAUUUGGUGCUAGAGUUCGCGUAGACUCUACAGGGAAGUUGGCAGAACUGGAAAGAGCUGAACGUGAUAAAAUGAAAGAAAAAGUAGAAAGAAUCAAAGCUCAUGGGAUUAAUUGCUUUGUGAAUCGUCAAUUAAUUUAUAAUUGGCCUGAAUCGUUAUUUGCAGAAGCCGGUAUUGUGUCGAUCGAGCAUGCCGAUUUUGACGGUGUAGAAAGACUGGCACUUGUUACUGGCAGUGAAAUUGCUUCUACAUUUGAUCAUCCGGAGCUUGUUAAGCUCGGUCAAUGUGACUUAAUAGAAGAGAUAAUGAUUGGGGAAGACAAGCUCAUUAAAUUCUCUGGAGUUGCAGCGGGUGAAGCAUGCACAAUUGUGAUACGUGGUGCGACAAGACAACUGUUAGAUGAAGCUGAGAGAUCUUUGCAUGAUGCUUUGAGUGUAUUGACACAGACAAUCAAAGAGACGGGGACUGUGCUAGGUGGAGGUUGUUCCGAAAUGUUAAUGUCGAAAGCUGUCGAUGAAAUUGCCGCUAAAACACCCGGCAAAAAAGCAAUUGCUAUCGAGUCUUUUGCUAAAGCAUUAAGACAGAUUCCCACAAUCUUGGCAGAUAACGGCGGAUUCGAUAGCUCUGAUUUGGUGGCUAAAUUACGUGCUGCUCAUUACGAAGGCAAAUCUACAUAUGGACUAGAUAUGAUAAAAGGCGAAGUGGGGGAUGUACGCGAACUUGGAAUCACCGAAUCGUUUAAACUCAAACGUCAAGUUCUUACAAGUGCAUCAGAAGCAGCAGAGAUGAUUUUACGUGUGGAUGAUAUUAUUCGAUGCGCUCCUAGGAAACGUCAAGGAUAA